AUGAUGAACAUAUUUGGUAUAGCUACUAUUUUGAUUUUCACUGAACUAUUUCACUGCAAAGACAUCAGCUUACAAAAUGUCCUCAAAGCACUCAAUCUUCGAGCUGAAAAUGUCACUAUUUCACUCGGUGACGUUGACCUUGAGAAUAUUGUUCUGUCAUUCAGUGGAAUCGAAAUAGACAAAAACCGGGCUGGGCAGAACGGCAUCAAAACUUUAGAAAGUCUUGAUCCCGAAAAGCGAAACAUUAUUCGCUAUCCGGAGUUAGUCGAGUCAAUCGAUCGUUCUGUUAACCCAUGUGACGAUUUUUACUCGUUUGUAUGUGAUGGUUGGAUACGAUCUCAUCCUAUCCCUCAGAAUCGAUAUGAAUACACGCAAACCGAGCUUUUGAAAGAAAAACUCAACCAGCAAUUGAAAGCAAUAUUAUCUACUCCCAUACGGGACCCAUCAAGAGAGGAUGUCCUCAUGACAACGUUCUAUAAUAAAUGUCUCCAAAAUGCAUAUUCUGGCGGUUCUGAUGGUUUUCGUCUGCUAUUUUCCAAGCUAAGAGAAGUCAGACAGGUCGCUACUUUGACUGAUUGGCUGCUUAUAAUGAGGACGGAAAAGUUAUUAUAUGAACUUACUAUCUCAGCGGAUGAGGACAAUUCUGCGAAAAACAUUUUGCAGAUAGUGCCCUCGGGGUCCAUGCUCUCAGCACAGGUCUAUUUUGACCCGGCUUACACUCAAGAGCUCAUAGCAAUUAGAGAGGUGUUGUUUAAAAUAUUAGCUGUGAUAGCAAGCGAGGAUCACAGAGCAGAAUUUAUUUCAAGAAAUUUUUUGGAACAUGUAAGGAGAGUCGACUCGCUACUCCGAGUUGAUCAAACGGUGGCUAAGAUCAAGAAAGAAACCGAAUUUGACUCUGAUUCGAUAGCCGUCUCUGUUAUCGAGUUGCAAGGACUGCUACCAUCGGUGGACUGGAUGCGCUACUUAUCAGCGUACAUGCCGCCUCAACAUCAACGAACGCUUGCAAACAGGAAAGUGCGAAUAACCCAGGUGUUAACUGUUGAACGAAUGGAAGAAUUGUUGUCAAAUAUCGACCCCCAAACACUUUCAGAUUACCUUGAUUGGAAGAUCAUCUUCCACUUCAGUGACUAUCUAGGCGAAAAAUUCCAUAUCCUAAUGGAGGAAUUCUCGGCUCAAGUCUACGGAAUAAAAGAACGAGAUCAAGCUGACGAAUGUGUAUCAAUCACUGUGAAUAUGUUCUACGACAUUGCGGGAAAGCAUUUUCUCAAGCGACACUUCGACUUUGAUAGCAUGUUCUUGGUGAAAGAGCUUAUCGAGGAUGUUAGAGACGCUUUCCUAGAAAUGCUGAAUGAGAAUGACUGGAUGGAUGCCAAUACGAAGAGGAGAGCAAAGCAGAAGGCCAAUGCCAUUCGCGACUUCAUUGCCUACGACAGCAGCAUAUUUAAUGAAACUUUGAGAACUAAAAAGUAUGCCAAGCUAAACUUCACGACGAAAAACUCGUAUUACGAUAUCGUUCGAACGCUCGAACUAUGGAUGCAAGAUAGAGCAUUCCACAGGUUAGAGGAGACCAAUACCAGAGACACAUUCGAAGCUUCUGUGACCGAAGUCAACGCAUUUUACGAUAGCAAUCAGAAUCAAAUAGCUUUGAUGGCUGGCAUGCUGCAGUCUCCAUUUUUCAACGCAUCACUACCCAGGAUAAUGAAUUAUGGUGCAAUUGGUGUUGUUGCAGGACACGAGAUUACACAUGGAUUCGACGAUGCCGGAGCAUCUUAUGACGAAGUCGGCAAUAGGAACAACUGGUGGGAUGCAGAUACCUACAAAAAUUUUGAAUGGAAAAAGACAUGCUUUGAUGAACAAUAUGGAAGCAUAGCUGUAGAGGACCUACAUGUCAGGAUUGACGGUAGAAGAACCGAGAGCGAGAACAUAGCUGAUAAUGGCGGAAUGCGAGCUGCUAUAAAGGCUGCUUCUCAUUUUGUUAAUCGCAGUGAAGAAUUUACCAUAGAAGGAUUGGAGGGAUUUACGCAAAUGCAGUACUUUUUUAUGAACUAUGCAUUUAUCUGGUGCGGAAGCACUCGACGUGCCACAUUGCUGAACAAACUUGCCACGGAUGUACAUCCGCCGGAUAUGUACAGAGUGAACGUUGUGCUGUCUAAUCAACCGGAAUUUGCCAAAGCCUUCAACUGUCCGAAAAGAUCACCGAUGCAUCCAGAAAAGACUUGCACGGUCUGGUGAUCCACCUGAGGUUAAAGUUCUGGCAAGUACGAGAGCAAAAAUGAAUGGACUGACUCCGGGUCAACGCAUCUUCCAUCGCGAGCUAAUUCGCAGACAGUCCUUACAGUUACCAGAUAAGGAUUGGCAGGCCGUUGUCGAUUUCUGAGCAGUCACAUUAUCAGAUCAAAAAAAAGUUGAAUUGGGUAAGGGACUGCAUGUGUCGAAUGUAGGAGGGCACCGCGCGGACUUCUUGCAAAAACGCAUUUCCAUGAAAGGUGCGCAUUUGUUGCAGAUGACCGCUGGGGCCCCCCUUUCCGGCGACAUCUAGUUCUUUACUCGUGCAAAUUCAAUCAUUCUCAAGUUCUGUAAAAACUGUAUUAUUUUCUAUGCUAAUGUUGAGCC